AUGCGCCGCAUACCGAAAGUAUUCGGACAUAGCUCGAACCGCAGCCGGGGCGGCGCCGAAUCGUCCGCCGGCGCCAGCUCCAGCUCCAGCUCGAGCAGCCCAACCGCCAAGACUAAGCCGAAGCUCGACCGGCGCAACGCCAGGAAGGACAUCAAUUACGAUUACUCUGCGCGUACGCGCUCCCUAGAUUUGUACGACGGCAGCUUCCGGAUGGAGGGAGUCGACGGCGAGAUUGAGAUAAUCUGCAGAACCCUAGGGUUUUCGGGGAUCGACGACUUAUCCAUAGACCCCGAGGAGUACGAGGCUAUGAAGGUGAGAUCUUCCUCUGCUCCUGUGGCUUUCAGUCAGGAAAUCGAGCCUCACAUGGAUAGGAAAACGGAGGUCGAUAGCGUUGUAGUUGAUCUUGAUAACCGUAAUACCGAGGGAAAUAGUUAUGGUUUAACCAGUGGAAUUUGUGUGGAAAGUGGUGGUUAUGCCGAUAUGGCUACAAAUACGUGUGAUAUUAUUGGUACCGGAUUUAGGGAUAGUGUGAUGGUAACUGAUGUAGCUUCGAGCAACCAUAACUCGAGCGUUAACUUGAAUGAAUCUCGUGUAAAUGGUAUCAAAGGUGUUCGGCCGCCAAUUCUGGCACCGCCACCUCCAAUAUCUGUGCCUAUGAUUGAUAAAGAGUGCUCGACUUGGGAUAUUUUCAGAGCAUUUACGCCGGAUAGUGGCACACAAGUUUCUAGAUUUGGACUAGGAUUUUGCUCGGAUGAAGAUGGGGAAGGCGUGGAAAAGAAUGAGGAUGAGGAUCAAGUGGAGGAUAGGAGGAGAAGGGGAGUUCUGAAGGAAGAGAAUUGCGUUCCAUCAGCCUCGUGUUCGUUCACGACGAGUUCGAAUGACGAUGAUACUUCAAGUACAACGACUGAACCAAUGUUGAGCAUGUCACCCAAUGGAAGGUUUAGGCGUGUUAUUUCAGAGUGGCAGAAGGGCGAGCUCUUGGGUCGUGGAUCAUUUGGAUCCGUGUAUGAAGGAAUUGCUGAUGACGGAUUCUUCUUCGCGGUAAAGGAAGUAUCUUUACUAGAUCAGGAGGAUGAAGGAAAGCAACGAAUCAUUCAACUUGAACAGGAAAUCUCUCUUCUGAGUCAGUUUGAGCACGAGAACAUUGUCCAGUAUUACGGCACAAAGAAGGUACUGGUCUUUAUUCUUUUGAUUAGAGAUAUCAAAUGUGCAAACAUAUUGGUGGACACAAAUGGUUUGGUGAAACUUGCUGAUUUUGGUCUUGCAAAGGCCACUACAUUAAAUGAUGUGAAAUCUUGUAAGGGGACUGCACUCUGGAUGGCUCCUGAGGUUGUUAGGAGCUUGGGGUAUGGGCUUCCAGCAGAUAUAUGGAGUUUAGGAUGCACUGUGUUGGAGAUGCUGACAAGACGUUUUCCAUACUCUCAUUUAGAAACUCCGAUGGCAGCAUUAUACCGAAUAGGAAAGGGCGAAAGGCCAGAAAUCCCGGAGUCACUUUCGAACGAUGCACGUGAUUUCAUACUAACGUGUCUGCAAGUCGACCCAAGCUCACGGCCCACGGCUGUUCAGCUCUUGGACCACCCCUUUGUGAAGCGACCCCUCCCCCCUCUCUCUUCUGGCUUUACAUCCCCUCAGUUAUCCACCAAGGCAGAUUUAAAAAGCUGA